AUCAGUGAGUAUCGCGGUGAGUUUUCGCAUACACGCACGGGAGAAUAUACGUACAGCGACAUGUCGAAGUUUCAGAGCCUGUUGUGCCACUUGUGCGCGACGAUUGCCAUGAGCCAAGCGGUGGUGUUGAGCGGGUAUAACGGGGGCCACGGCAUCUCUUACACGGAUUACGAGGGCCUCGAAGGAUACCCAUCCCAGUACGAAGGACACGCCGUGUUACCCACAGUCGCUGUUCCGGUACACGCGGUUUCCGCCUCGCCUGUUCACGUUGCAGCCGCUCUCGAUCACGGAUCUCACGGAUACGAUCAUCACGCGGAUCAUCACGGCCACGAUUACUACGCCCAUCCCAAGUACAUGUUCAACUAUGGCGUGCACGAUCCCCACACAGGGGACGUGAAGACCCAGCACGAGGUUCGCGAUGGGGACGUGGUCCACGGUUCUUACAGCGUCAACGAGCCCGACGGAAGCGUGAGAAUCGUCGAGUACACGGCCGAUGACCACAACGGUUUCAACGCGGUCGUUAAAAAAGUUGGACCGGCCAUUCACCCGAAACCCAUCCCCGUCGCCAAGUACAUAUCCCCGGCGUAUUACAAUAGUUACGAGGAGUACGAGAAGCAUCACUUUUAAUCACUUUCUUAUCGUGUAUCGCGUUUAAAAUGAGGGGGGAGAAAGAGGAAAAUGUGGAAACAGGGUCGGAGAAAAUAUCUUAUUUAAACGGAGACAAAUACUUUUUUGAUACGAUAUUUAUAAUCGAGCUUAAAGAUCAAAUUUAUUCGAUCGUGGAAUUUUUAAACAAUUUCGAAAAAGGAUAUCGUGGAAAUUUGUUUAAAUUGGAAGAUAAUUUAAGGGAGAAAGGAUUAUCCACGUGAAUAAUAUUAAUUUUAAACUAAUUUUAAAUACACAAGAUGUAUGUGUAUUUAUAUAUAUUGAUGGAAUUUUUCUAAUUUUUUUGUAAACACAUAUUACAUUUUAUUUAAUUAAAGAGGUGCUUCGAAAUAGAAUGGUGUGCCAAGGAAGAAAGAGAAAUGGAGGGGAAAUAGUAAAUCGUUAACCAUGUAAGAUUUGCCAAUACUUUUUUCUUUGUUUUUAUCGAAAGAAACAUUUUUCUUGCGAGAAAUUUUCGUUGAAUUUGAAUUGGCAAAAGUUUACUCUUUUGCCAUCUUCUCUUUCUGGGUACUGGGAAUAAAUGUAUUGUAAAAUAUUUAAAAUAUUAUUAAAAAGAAAAAAUUAAGUAAGAAAUGUCAAAGAGAAAAUUAAACAUCGAUCGUUCGACGAAUCGAUUGAAGAAUUUAUAGUUAGAAGAAUUGUACUUAAUCACACUUGGUUUAAUGAUUAUUAGAUGUUAGAAGAGUUUGAAACGUCGAAAUUCGUAGUUUUCGCAAUUUUGUAAUUAUAGAUUUAGAAGAAAGAAGAAAAUAAAAAAAUAAAUAAAAAUCGUUUAAUAAUCUCUCCAAUAAUAUUGUAAUUAUCAACGAAUAUUUAAGUUUCAUAAAACUGUGCCACAUCUAUCGUAGGGAUGGGAGUAUCGAUAUAUAAUAAUAUUGGAAAUUUUGUUGUAUCUUUGAAUUAUUAUUUAUGAACAAUCGAGGUUAUGAAUUUUUAGAUCGAACAUUAAAAAUCGUAAAAGCUAAGCAAAAUUUUAAAAUUAAGAAAUUUUUUUUAUCUUUUAAUCAAAAUUUCCAAUCUAAUGGUUAUUAAGGAAUGAUUUCAUACUACAUAAUAAUCUUAUUUUCAUUUUUGAAAUAGACCUAACGCAUACGACCAAUCACUACACACACAUGUAAAUAAGGAAUCAAAAAAUUUAUGUACUCAAUAAAAUCGUACCAAUAUU